CCUCAAUAAAGUUCAUGGUCUUUAAAAACUCUAUCGUUGAGAUAAAUGUGGCGAUGGAGAAUGUCUGUUAACAUGCAUUGUCUCUAUUUCAACCUCAUCUGUCGUUCCCCGUCACCAUCUUCGCCAUCACUCUCACCUAGAGCUUCCCGUAUGUCAGCCUUUCAGUGCCUCCAGAACCAUCUUGUUUGCAGGUUUUUCUCACUGGGAGGUUCGGGGGGGUUGUUUUUUCCAUCAUCUUUUUUUAGGUUGGAUGACCCUGGCCAAGCCCUGCCCCCUGGGAAACUUCAGGUGAGUUGCGUGGCGAUCUACGUCUUGUUUAUCUGGCACGGCAAGCCGGUGCCAAGAUCAGACAUGUGGAGGGCAUGUUAGAGAGAGAGAGACGUUUGCUUUGGGGGACCCUCAACGGCAGCCGAUCUUGGGCAGAUGCCACUCGUUCGAACUUCGAACCGACCCAGCUCUGAAGCGCCGCUGUCAGCUCCGUGUCUUAGUCUCUCACACUGUCACACAUCAAACCUCGGCCGCGGGAUCCUUCGACAUGUUCUCGGCCGUGGCGUUGCAACGACCUACCAUCUACCAAUCUGAUUGUCAUACCCACCCCUCAGUCCACGUGCGAGCGUGUGGUCGCUCGCGCAGGUUAUGGAUAGCACACGG